AUGAUUUGGUAUCAUAACUUGCCCGAGCAUUCAAUUGAUUCAUUUGCCAUGCUCACUGAUGCUUUCGUCAAGGCUCAUGCCGGGACCAUCAAGGUCGAAACACGAAAAUCGCACUUGUUCAACGUCAAGCAACGAGAUGACGAGACCCUCUGCGAGUUUGUGGCUCGAUUUCAAAUGGAGCGCAUGGACUUACCCCCAGUCACUGACGAUUGGGUCGUUCAGGCUUUCAUCCAAGGGCUCAAUUCAAGGAGCUCGAUCACAUCUAUGGAGCUAAAGCAAAAUCUGAUAGAAUACCCGACGAUCGCCUGGGCUGAUGUACACAACAAGUAUCGGUCGAAGAUCAGGGUCAAAGAUGAUAAGAUUCUGAGGGCUGCUUCAGUAUCAUGGCAUUUCGGUAAAGGGAGUGAUCGCUCGAGGAGAGUGGUAGAUCGGGAUUCCAGAUCAUCAUAUGAUAGGUACCAGCCUUACCCACUCGAUCGAAAGGGGAACGGGCGCAACAGCGAAUCAGGCAAGAAUGAUAGGAGGAAUGAUCGAAGGAAUGAUCGAGGCCAAAUUAGCCGUGGAUUGAUAAACAUAAAUGCUGUCGAUAGAGCCCCGGGAAAUAAAAAAACUCCAAGGUUAUCCGAGUACAACUUUUGCGUCGAUGUAGCAACCAUAGCGGCGGCCGUUAUCCAAAAUAAAGAAACAAGACAUCCAAGGCCAAUCCAAUCUGAUCCAGAGAAGCGGGAUAAAAGUCUUGUUUGUAAGUAUCAUCAUACUCACGACCAUCGGACCGAGGAUUGUCGGCAGCUGAGAGAGGAGGUCGCUCGUCUGUUCAAUUUAGGACAUCUUCGAGAAUUCCUAAGUGAACGAGCAAAAACCCAUUUCAAAAACCUGGACUCUAACAAGCAGGAUAGGCCGGAAGAGCCUCAAUAG